GCGGCGGCAGAGUGGACGGGGGGCCCGCGACGGAGUGAGCGCUGGGAUCCGCACACCGGCGGCAGGUGUGAGCCGUCCGGAUGGCGGAGUCCGGACCGCAGCCGCCGGGCGGCGCACCCAGCCGGCACGAGAAGAGCCUGGGGCUGCUCACCACCAAGUUCGUCUCGCUGCUGCAGGAGGCCAAGGACGGCGUGCUCGACUUGAAGCUGGCAGCAGAUACUCUGGCAGUGCGGCAAAAGAGACGGAUUUAUGAUAUUACAAACGUCCUCGAGGGCAUCGGGCUAAUCGAGAAGAAAUCGAAGAACAGUAUUCAGUGGAAAGGUGUGGGGCCUGGCUGUAAUACCCGAGAAAUUGCCCACAAGUUGAUUGAGUUGAAAGCAGAGAUUGAGGAUCUAGAGCAUCGGGAACGAGAACUGGAACAACAAAAGAUGUGGGUGCAGCAAAGUAUCAGAAAUGUCACCGACGAUGUACAGAACAAAGAAUUAGCAUAUGUGACAGAUGAGGAUCUUUGCAAGUGCUUCCCAGGCGACACUCUGCUGGCCAUCCGGGCUCCAUCAGGAACCCAGCUAGAAGUUCCUGUCCCUGAGGGCUUAAACGGCCAGAGGAAAUACCAGAUCCACCUGAAGAGUAGCAACGCUUCCAUUGAUGUUCUUCUAGUGAACAAGGAUGCCUGGAGUUCUCCUCCGGUGGUGCUUCCUGUCCCUCCCCCCGAAGACCUCAUUCAGUGCCAGCCAAUCACACCCUCCACAAAGCCAUCCGUUGCCCCAUCCCAAGAGACCUCUCUUCCCAGCGGUGCCCACCCUCCUGUAUCUGUACCCAACAGCACGCAAGACCACAGAUCCCCAGUGCCCAAAUCGGCCACCGGGACAGAGACAGGCACCGCGAACGCAGAAUCAAAAAGCAGUGGGGAGCUGGAGUCGCUUACCCCUUCGACUGUACCGGCCAGCCCGCCGGCUGGGCUUGAUACGCAGCCUCUUCAAUCCUCUGCCUUGCUGGACAGCAGUUCUGUCCUACCCAGCUCCUUUACCUCUUUUGAACCAAUCAAGUCCUUCCCCACAGAAAUACUGGAAUUUCCCAAAGAGCUUUCAGAAAUGUUUGAGCCAACCAGAGAGUGCGUGAAUUCCGAGUUGCUUGAAGAGCUGAUGUCAUCUGAAGUGUUUGCUCCUUUACUCCGCCUCUCCCCGCCUCCCGGAGACCACGACUACAUCUACAACUUGGACGAGAGCGAAGGGGUGUGCGAUCUUUUCGACGUCCCGAUUCUCAACCUCUGACUUUGACUGACGGGAUGGACUUUGGGAUACGGAUUCUUCCCCCCCCCCAACCUUUUUUUUUUAAAGAAGAAAUCUGUAUC